GUCGCUUAGCAACCUCUGUACACAAAGAAGUAAAAAAGACAAGAGUUAACAAACUAAACGUGUGAAACCAAUCGGGUGCUUCGGAUAUAAAAGACGAUAAAAAGCAUUACAAAUAUAUAACAAUGGUAAAGCAAACGAUUAAAAUCUUUGCCCGUGUGAAACCGACGAAGAAACAGACCGCGGAGUACUUUGUGGACUGUGAGGAGCAGAGCGGUAGUUUGGAGUUUGUGGUUCCCAGAGACUUGGCAGAUGGUGUUAUCAACAAUAAGAGGGAAAACUACAAAUUCAGGUUUCAGAAGGUUUUUGACCAAACAGCCAGUCAAGAGGAAAUCUUUGAGGCAAUUGCAAAGCCUGUUGCUGAUAAUGUGCUGGCAGGUUAUAAUGGCACCAUCUUUGCCUAUGGCCAGACUGGAAGUGGGAAGACUUUUACAAUUACUGGAGGUGCAGAGAACUACAAUGAUCGAGGGAUCAUCCCCAGAACUCUUUCGUACCUUUAUCAGCAUUUCAGCAAGGACAGCAGCAUAAACUAUACAACCCACAUAUCUUACCUGGAAAUCUACAAUGAGACUGGCUAUGAUCUACUGAAUCCUCAACAUGAGGCAUCUCGUCUGGAGGACUUACCGAAGGUGACAAUCAUGGAAGAUCCAGACCAGAACAUUCACCUCAAGAACCUGUCAUUGCAACAGUCAACCAAUGAAGAGGAAGCUUUGGAUUUGCUAUUCUUAGGAGACACUAAUCGUAUGAUUGCAGAGACUCCAAUGAACCAGGCUUCAACACGGUCUCACUGCAUCUUUACUAUUCACCUGUGCAGCAAAGAGCUGGGUUCAGCCAUGGUACGGUGCUCCAAGUUGCACCUGGUGGAUCUGGCUGGGUCUGAAAGAGUGGGAAAGACAGGUGUGGGUGGUCAGAUCCUAACAGAAGCAAAAUAUAUUAACCUCUCUCUGCACUACUUGGAGCAGGUCAUCAUAGCCCUGUCGGAGAAGAAUAGAUCCCACAUCCCUUACCGCAAUUCCAUGAUGACCUCUGUGCUUAGAGACAGUUUGGGUGGUAACUGUAUGACCACCAUGAUUGCUGCUGUGUCUGUGGAGAAGAGGAACACUGGUGAGUCUAUAUCGACCUGUCGUUUUGCUCAGAGAGUGGCUUUGAUUAAGAAUGAUGCUUUGCUCAAUGAAGAACUGGAUCCUGCUCUGCUGAUUGUCCGUUUGAAGAAGGAGAUACAAUCUUUGAAGGAAGAGCUGGCUUUGGUUACUGGAGAGCAAAGGAGUGACAAGCUAACCCAAGAAGAGAUCCAACAGUUGGAAGAGCAGAUAGAUGUGUACCUUGAGGACCCUGACAGUGAAGUAACAUUAAACCUUGGACCUGAUAUGAGAAAAAUCCACUUUUGUUUCUCUCUGCUAAAGGUGAUGGUACGAGAGGGAUCCUGUGCUCAAAAUGGAAUGAGUAAUGACAGCACUUCUUUAAUGAGUGUCUCUGAUGAAGAGCAAAGAAAAUCAUAUGCAGAAGUCCAGAAGCUGCGGGACAUGUUGACCCACCGUGAUAAUGAGAUCAGUGUAUUAGUGAACUUGCUUAAGAAAGAAAAGAAGAAAUUUCAAGAUGUCACUUCCCAACUGGCCCUGUUGUACCCAUCAACCAACCAAUCAUCCUUGUCAGCCACAACUAAACAGGUGGAAGAGAGUGCAAAAUACAACCCCUCUAAUGUUUACACUCAUGCUGAGCAUUUGAUGACCACAAAAAGAGUACUGGAAUUAUCUGUGAGUCAGCAGGAGGCAUUUGAAGUCUUUCUGAGAGACCAUGAAGACCGUUUAUCAAUUGAAAAUAACAGAGCUGUGUUGCAACAAAGGUUUGUUGAAGCCAAAACACUAGGUGACCAAGUUAACCAGAUCAGGAUCAGAGUCAAUGAGCUGAAGACACAUUUGAAAAUUAGACGAAAGCAAAUGGCAGCCCAAGGCUUAGCAGGAAACCUAACAGCAUCAGAGUCAGACUCAGUUGAAGAGAGAAUUCUCAACCAGAUAGAGGAGGAAAAGAAAAAUUACAAGAUAAAAUCUGGAUGUUUAAAAGGGUUGAAGACAGAGAUUGAACAUCUACAGCUGUUGCAUGAAAAGUUGAAAGUGAAACUCCAAAAGGACUUUGAGAAUUGGUGGACCCAGGAGGGCGCUAGGCUAAAGUGUCACAGUGCAGAGAACACUGGAAGCAGUCAAAGUCAUGUCAACCCUCUCAGCUGCAUUUUAACCAGAGCCUUGCCCCCAGCUGAAUGCUCAUCUUCCUCUAUUCCUUUAACUGGAGAUAAACAGACUGAUGAUGAUAUAGAGGCCUUCAUCAGAGCCAGACAUAACCUGCUCAAUGGCAUGGGAGUGGCAAAAUAAUUACAAUUAUAAAUAAGAACAGAGGAGGACAAACAAUGAAAAGUCACACAUUUCUGCAAUACUCUGGGCCAAGUACAUCAUUAAAGGACUCCUUAAUGAAUUUUAAACAUAUCAAAACCCUCAUGUCACUGGCUCAGAAGGAGGGGGGCACAUUGAAAAAUAUAACAGCUUUAUUUAUAUUACAUAUGUCCAUUUACAAUCUGUAAGGUUAUUUAUUUGUUCUGUUAAAAAAUUGCUGAAAUGAGGAGAUCAAUUUAAGGGUAAUGUAGCUGGAUAGCAACCAAAUAAAUCAUUGGCAAAGGCACUUGAGCAGAUGUUUUUACAAGCUUCAUAAAGUGUUAACCCGAUCAAAGCUCUGUCUCCCUGCCCAACCCAAUAUAAUCUUAUUCAAAGAGUGGUGAAAUCAUUUCUUUUUGUUUGAUUGUUUGUUUGUUGACACUAUCAUUUAUGUAUAAGUUGUACUGUAAAAUAAUGUCAGUUUCUUGUUGUUUUAUGUUCUUUGGUCUGUUGGUAAAAUAUUUUUGUUCAUUUUGCUAUUUACAAAUGUUUUAUUACAUGUUGAACUACACCUGACUGAGUCAUUCACAUUAAACGCCUUUAGUUUUCUGAGGUAUAAAAAUAUUGUCUUUUCAAUCAAUGGUAAAUUGGUCUUUUCUGUUUGGAGCAUCUUUUGGGAAAAUGCAAGUGGAGUUAAGAUUUUUUUUUCCAAUAACUUAUUUAACAGUGAACAAAUGCUCAUGCAUGUUCUAUAAACACCAGUUUUUACAAUAUAUAAUGAGUAGAUGCAAUAUACAAUAAGUGCUUUUCCAAAUAUUCCAAAUUGUAGUCUUUAAUUUGUUAAAAGCAACCACUUCACAUUUCUCUGCUCAAAAAUCUUAAAUCUGAGAUCUGGUCAUUUUUGUUUUAUGUUGCACUACUUUGCAUGACUAUGAAUAGAUUUGUUUGAGCAAUUAGGUUCUGAGCAGUAAUUUGCAUAAGGGAGCAGCACUUUCUUUCAUCAGAUUGAACAGGCAUAAAGUGGCCUUUCUUGGCUUCCUAUAUUCAUAUAAUCUGGAAUAUUCCACAGUGUACAGUACAGAUCACGUGUCAAAUGAU